CUCGCCCCCCAUUCUCCGGCCCUCCCCACCGCCACCAUUUUCCCCGGCGACAUGGGCCGCAAUCUUCCAGCCGAGCAAGUGGAAGCACCCAGGAGCAGCAAGAUGGACAAGAAGAGAAAGAAGGACAAGAAGCGGAAGCUGGCAGCCGAGGCCGAGGAGGAGGCGGCGGUGACGGCGACAGUGGAGACCGUGAAGAGCAGCAAGAAGAAGCGGGUGGAGAAUGAACCCGGCGCAGGAGCAGUGGAGGCGGAGAACGGCGCUGAGAAGACCGUGGCGGUGACCGGGAAGGGUUCGGAGGACCCUAAGUACGCGCCGCUACGGUCGUUCUCCGCUGCCGAGCUGCCGUCUCAGGUGCUCGAAUGCUGCAGCGCGUUCGCGCGGCCGUCACCUAUCCAGGCACACGCCUGGCCGUUCCUCCUCGACGGCCGGGACUUCAUCGGCAUCGCCGCCACCGGAUCCGGAAAGACAAUCGCCUUUGGCGUGCCGGCGCUGAUGCACAUCAGGAAGAAGGUAGGGGGGAAAGCAGGGAAGAAGGCUGUGCCACGGUGCCUCGUGCUAUCACCAACGAGGGAGCUCGCUCAGCAGAUUGCAGAUGUACUUAGUGAGGCUGGUGCACCAUGUGGGAUAAAAUCAGUCUGUCUUUAUGGUGGAACUAAAAAGGAACCCCAAAUAUCUGCCCUUAAAUCUGGAGUGGAUAUAGUCAUAGGAACUCCUGGUCGUAUGAAAGACCUUAUUGAAAUGGGUGUUUGCUGUCUUAAUGAGGUUUCGUUUGUGGUUCUAGAUGAAGCAGAUAGGAUGCUGGAUUUGGGUUUUGAACCUGAAGUCAGGGCAAUUUUGAGCCAAACAUCAUCUGUACGCCAGAUGGUUAUGUUCAGUGCAACAUGGCCUCUUGCUGUCCACAAAUUAGCCCAGGAGUUUAUGGAUCCAAAUCCGAUAAAGGUUGUUAUUGGAUCAGAAGACCUUGCUGCUAACCAUGACGUGAUGCAAAUUGUUGAAGUAUUGGAUGAUAGAACAAGGGAUUCAAGAUUACUUGCCUUGCUUGACAAAUACCAUCAAGCACAAAGCAACAGGGUUUUGGUUUUUGUGCUGUACAAGAAAGAAGCUGCACGAGUGGAAACAAUGCUUCAGAGAAGGGGAUGGAAGGCUGUUUCAGUCCAUGGCGACAAGGCUCAGCAUGAUAGAACAAAAGCUUUAUCUUUAUUUAAAGAAGGGAAAUGCCCAUUAAUGAUUGCUACAGAUGUCGCUUCACGUGGACUUGAUAUUCCUGAUGUUGAAGUAGUGAUUAACUAUAGUUAUCCUUUGACCACUGAGGACUACGUCCACAGGAUAGGAAGGACUGGUCGUGCUGGCAAGAAAGGUGUUGCACAUACCUUUUUCACUCAAGCGAACAAGGCACUUGCUGGUGAACUUGUGAAUGUUCUGCGGGAGGCUGAUCAGGUUGUUCCUCCAGCCCUUAUGAAAUUUGGCACACAUGUCAAGAAAAAGGAAUCUAAGAUAUACGGAUCUCAUUUCAAGGAACUUACAGCAGAUGCUCCUAAAUCCACGAAGAUCACAUUUGGCGAUUCUGAUGAGGACUGAUGUGAUGACAGCUUAGGCCUUGUUCGUUUCUAUCGGAUUGGUAGGCCGGAACGAUUCCUAUCCGGAUUGCUUCUCUAAUUUAUAUAAACUUUGAUUAGCUGGAACGAUUCCGGGUGCAAUCCGACGGAAACGAACAAGGCCUUACUGAUUUUUCAUCCCUGCUGACGGAAGCUUGAUUUCUCCGUUGGUGAUGCUAUGGAUGUGAUCAGAUCAGCCAUUUGCAAGCUGAUUGCAGCCACGGAUGAGUAUUGUGGCAGUGGGCAAUCCCAAAAUAUAGCUCUCUUGUUAUAGGUUAGUUUAUUAUGAGUAGCAUUCGGCUUAUGUUUUUCUGGACCGUCCCCAUUAUGCAUUAGCUUGGGCUGCUUGGCUGUAUGUAAUAAUAAGCAACAUUCUGCUUAUUAUGAUUUGCAUUCUCUUGGAGGCUUAGUUUGGAAACUUAAAUCGUCUCCGGUAUUUCCAGGGAUUGAGUGGGAAAAUAAGCUAUUUUCCCACUCAAUCUUCAGGGAAACCGGAGGGGAUUUAAGUUUUCAAACUAGCCCAGAGUGUAGUUAAAUUCAGUGCGUCCUUAGUACAAGCAGCCCGGUUAUGGUAAUGAUAGGAUAGUGAAAGGUGUACUUCUAUCCUGGUUAGAGUAAAAAAAGAAUAUGGUUUUCCGUGUUAUAGUAAAAAAAAGAGGAUGGUUUUGC